AUGUCCGGUCGUGGCAAGAAGGGCGCCGAGACGGCUUCGUCCGCCGCCGCCAACAAGAAGCAGAAGACGCGCUCGACGCGCGCGGGCCUGCAGUUCCCCGUCGGUCGCAUCCACCGCAUGCUCCGCAAGGGCUCGUACGCUGAGCGCGUCGGCGCUGGUGCCCCCGUGUACCUCGCUGCCGUCCUCGAGUACCUCGCUGCCGAAAUCCUCGAGCUUGCCGGCAACGCUGCCCGCGACAACAAGAAGACGCGCAUCAACCCCCGUCACCUCCAGCUCGCCAUCCGCAACGAUGAGGAGCUCAACAAGCUGCUCGCCGGCGUCACCAUCGCCCAGGGUGGUGUCCUCCCCAACAUCCACACCGUCCUCCUCCCCAAGGGCGAGUCUGAAGCUGACGCUGCCCCCGUCAAGAAGGCUGCCAGCGGCAAGAAGGGUGGCUCGCAGUCCCAGGAGUACUAA